AUUUGCUCCAACUGGUUCAAUCUUCAUUGCAGCAGGGUUGAGAUAGGCGCAUGAGCCUUGCGCCAAUGAAUUAAGAACUGCACCAGAGUAGUUCACUUUAAAGCGUCGGUCAGUGCGGAUGGUUUAUCUCGAGGAUACUGAAAAACGGAUUGCGAGUUCGGAUAUCAGUGCGGCAAAAUGAUUCGGUGGAAAUGGUUGCUCGUUCUGGUGGUGUGGGUUUCCGGGUGUUUGGGUGCUGCCCAAGGAAUGAGCGAGCCGAUCAAAAGAUCGGAGUAUAACCGCAUGCCGAAGAUGUUCGAGUACGAUUACUACGACGAUUGUCUGUACAGUGACCCGGAAGAAGUGCAAGCGACCUAUUGUAUGGUUCGGGUGGUGAUCAAACCGGAUAAUAGGUCGGAGUUGUGGCGACUGAUUGAAAGUUUUUCCAGCAAUUGGAAGUUGCACUUCAAUCAUGCACAUUUGGAUCGGGGCAUAUGCAUCGGCAAUGUCAAUAAAUUGAUGGAGCAGUUUGGUGAAGGAAAUUCAAGUGGAUUGAUAGUACCAAAGUUUGAAAUACCAUUUCCGUACAAGAUCAAACAUGACCCGUUCAAAAAUGCAGAAGCCUACAGAAGGAACUAUUCAGAAAUUGUCAGCAUCCUCGUAAACAAGGAUCUCACUGAAAAACAUGGACUCAAGGCAUACACGGAAAUCGAGUAUUGUGAUCGAACGGGAGUCGAUGAAUUUCCGAUUGAUCACAUGGACAUCGCCUUUAUCGUCAUCCUGCUAGUCCUGCUCUUGCUGAUGCUCCUGUCCAGUUGCUACGACUUUCGCUGCAAGGUUGGCUUCGGCCUGAACCACUACCGCGAGGACCUUCCGACUCGAAAAUCCAUGCUGCUGGCAUCUUUUUCGGUGAUGCGCAACUGGUACCGGUUGAUUUCUCGUUCGAAGGAACCUCUGUACCGAGAUCUCCGACCGAUACAAGCAGUUCGGUACUUUAGCUUCAUCUUGAUGUUGAUCGGGCAUGCGAGUAUUCUGGUGCAACCUCGCACUGGGUGGAUCAUGGAGCAAAAGUACCGGGAGCUGGAGACCAUGAUCAUCGUCAAUGGGUUUCAGAUCAUAUCGACGUUCAUUGUGCUGGGUGGAUUUGUGUUCACCGUUAUGUUUGUUGAGAAGAUGAAUGAGACGGACAGGAAGCCUGGUUGGCUGGAGAUUGUGCUGAUCACCGUGAAUCGGUAUAUUCGGCUCACUCCAGUAUACGCUCUGAUCCUUCUGUUCGAAGCCACGUGGUAUGUCCGACUUCAUGAUGGUCCCUUCUGGAGAAGAGCUGCUGAGACGGAGUUAACCUUCUGUCGACGAAACUGGUGGAUCAAUCUGCUGUACUUCAACAACUACUACAAACAGGACGAACCCUGUAUGCAGCAUUCUUGGUAUCUGGCCUGUGACUUCCAAUUAUCAAUCAUUGGGCUAAUCCUGGUUACUGCGGUUCUGAGAUUUCCCAAGAUAAAGGUGUUUCUGCUAGCAGUGGUGACCAGCAUUUCGGUGGUAAUUCCUGCAGUUGUGGUCUAUAAAAAUGCAUUUGAAGGAGUCCCGAUAUUUUCACCGGAAGCAAGACGUUUCAUCUUCUGGUAUGACGAAGGCUACCAGAAAACCUAUCUACCUACUCAUAUGUAUCUCGUCCAUUACCUGUUCGGUAUCAUCAGUGGAUUCAUUUACUUCCAACUGAAGAAGAGCAAUUAUAAUCUAGCAACUCUUAGGAUUUACCGCAUCAUCUGGUAUUCGUUGUACAUUCUCGGCCCCGCCCAGUUUUUCCUGGGUCAAAUCUUCUACAUGAACAAUUUUGCCAAACCAUCGAUCUGGAUGUCGAUCUAUUUUGCAGCGGCUCGAGUCGUUUGGGCCUUCAUUAUCGUGCUCGGUUUGUUGGGCUUCCUGUACCGGGUCAGCAAAUCCAUUACUCGCUUCACCAAUAUCCGGAUUUUCGAAGUCUUGGGACGGCUGACGUACGGAGCGUACGUGGGGCACUUCUUCAUAAUUAAAAUCAUGUUUUAUAACGUGCGGGAGUUGUCCAAUCUGAAUGUGUUCAAUAUUGCAACAAAAAUCCAUGGAACUAUGUACUUGGCAUACUUUCUCUCACUGGCUAUGGCCUUACUGGUAGAACUACCCAUAUCGGCGAUUCAGAAGCAACUUCUGGAAGGAGUGCUGAAAUCGAAACGACCCGAUCAGAAUAAGACGGAGGAAGUACCGAAUGGUAUCGCGAAAGAUAUCUUCAACGGCGGAUUCACGAACGAUGCCUUCAAAAGAACGUUUCGGGGGAGUGUUGAGUAA